AUGUCACGAUAUCUACUAUUCGUCGCCCAUGCUUCCCACCGUCCCGCGCUUCUCUUCGUCGCAUGCGCGUGGGUCUCCUCGUCGUCCGCAAGUGCUUUUCCACGUCGCGACAAGGCAGCUUCUCCUCGUCGCCCGCGCGCGCACAUCUUCGUCGCCCCCGCCUCUAUAUUUCGCUAUCGCUUCUUCUCGUCGUCCCCGCCUCUUUACCCUUUCCCUAAUAACGACUUUCCCUUUUGCCCUCUCCAUUGGGCCGUCUCACCCUCAAUUUCUCCCUCUUCCUUUUGGACUCUCUGCACUCCUUCCUUCCCACAGGAACCUCUCUCUCCUUCCUUCCAGAGGACAGAGGUUGAAGGACAAGGGGGAGAGGGGGAAGGACAGAGGGGGAGAGACACAGGGGGGGAGGCACAAGGUGCCACUUCCCCCCCCUCCUCGAUGCUUCCCCCCUCCCUCUUCCCUGCUUUCCCCCUCCCUCUUCCCUGCUUCCACCCUCCCUCCAACUAUGCUUUCCUCCUCCCUCCUCCCUGCUUCCCCCAUCCCUCCUCCCUGCUUGCCCCAUCCCUCCUCCCUGCUUGCCCCCUCCCUCCUCCCCGCAUGCCCCCACCCUCCGCCCUGCUUGAGAAGUUACCCUCCGCCCUGCUUGGAAAUUUACCCUCCGCCCUGCUUGAAAAUUUACCCUCCACCCUGCUUGCCCCCACCCUCAGAGAGGAGCACGACCUAGAAUUAUUGCAGAGGGACUACAGCAAUGUGCGAGGCGUGAGUCUGUUGCACUUCCUAGUGUACCAUCUCUUCCCUCCAUCCUUACCUAUCGGCCUCAUGGGUUUAGCAUCUUACGCCACCAGCGCAAUCAUCAAACGCCCACUUCAAGUAAUCAGAGAGUAG